GCCAUCUGUGAUUUGCAGACAUAACUAGCCAGGGGAGGAUUUGUUUACGUGUAUGGAUGGAGUAUUUCAAGAGCGGACUGAAGUCCGUCCUGGGGGCCCCGCAACCGGGACAGGUGCCCUCAGGAGCCGAGACGGUGGAGCGGCUGAUUGAACGAGUGCAAACGUCCACCCUUUUGGAUGACAGGCGCGACGCAUGCCGGGCGCUCAAGGCGUUGUCCAAGAACUACAGGGUCGAGGUCGGGGCACAGGGCAUGGACACCCUGUGCCAGGUUUUGGUGCACGACAGGAACGACCCGGAGACCGUCGGAUAUGUGAUGGACGCACUGUGCAACGUCAUGUCCCCUGAGACUUUCGAGGAGGAAGAAGAGAGAGGGCAUGACUCAGUUGGUGGCCAAUUUACUGAAAUUUUCAUUAAACAACCAGACAAUGUAUCAUUGGUCUUGGGGCUAUUGGAGGAGUUUGAAUUCCACAUUCGCUGGCCUGCAGUAAAACUGCUCUCCAGCAUGUUGACCCACAGACCUCGCCAAGUUCAGGAACUGGUCUUGAUCAGUCCCAUGGGCGUUUCGAAACUUAUGGACUUGCUCAGUGACUCCAGAGAAGUUGUUCGAAACGAUGCUCUUUUGUUACUUAUUGCUCUGACUAAAGGCAACGCAAACAUCCAAAAAAUUGUUGCUUUUGAGAGCGCCUUCGACAGACUUUUAGAGGUGAUCAACAGCGAAGGGGGUUUAGACGGAGGCAUUGUGGUCGAAGACUGUUUGCUGCUGAUGUUGAAUCUUCUCAAGGCCAACCCCAGUAAUCAGAAUUUCUUCAAAGAAGGGAGCUACAUUCAAAGACUUCAGCCCAUGCUACAACCAGGUAGCGAAGAUGGGUGGCCAGCACAAAGAGCUGCAAAUUGCCAUUGUUUUCUUCAGGUUGUUCGAACGAUGGUCGCUCCGGCGAACCCUGCACAGGCCACAGCCUCCUGCCAACAAGUAAUGCGAGCUUGUGGUCUCCUCGGUAGUCUAUGCGACUCUUUAAUGGCAUCCGGCGUGCCUGCAGACGUCCUCACCGAAACUGUCUGCGCAGUGGCUGAAGUCAUCAGGGGCUGCAGUGAAAACCAAAAUCUUCUGGGCGACGUCAUGGCCCCUUCGAACCCUCCUAGAACUGCUCUUGUUGUUCUCCUGAUGUCAAUGGUCAACGAGAAACAACCUUUGGCACUCAGGUGUGCUGUUUUGUACUGUUACCAAAGUUUUCUGCACAGAAAUCAGGACGGACAAGCACAGUUGGCACAAACAUUGCUUCCAUCUUCAUCAGAGCAAGUUGCAGGCUUGACAACUGGCCAACUUUUGUGUGGCGGCCUCUUCAGUCCUGAUGUUUUGACAAAUUGGUUUUCAUGCAUUGCUCUGAGCCACGGUCUUGUUGAAAAUCCGGGCACCAAGGAACAGUUGUUGAGGGUGCUUCUGGCUGCUUCUCCAGGCCAACCAGCCGUCUCCCUUCUGCACCAGUGCCUCGUCCUUUUGCAACAAGCCCAGCGGCCACAGACAAGACUUGGCCUUCUGCAGCUACUGGCGCAGUGGUUGGCCCACUGCACACUGGCCGUCGGCCACCUACUGGCCACCUCGGGAGCUGUGGCUCACUUGACGGCCGUCGUUUGUGACGUGGCCGAGGAGGAACUUGUUCGAGGCCUCAGUGCUUUCAUCCUCGGCCUCUGUGUUGCCUUUAAUGAUGACUCGGUGGCCACUUUUGGCCGCCUGGCUCUCAUUCAGCUUAUCAGCAAGCGAAUUGGAACAGAGGCCCUUCUUGACAGGGUGGCCGACGUCACAAGACACGAAGCGUACGCAAAGGCGGCCAAACACCCUCAGCCGACAGCAACUGCUUCUGGUGAUUUGCAGUUGGAUCAUGAGUUUUGCAGAUUGUUAAAAGCACUCGAGUCUGUGGUUGGCAAAGCAGUUGCUCCCAGACCAGAAGAGGUUGCCGAGCAGGUUGGCUCUGCACAGUACAAAGUGCUGAUCCGCCAGCAGGACGAGCAACUGGCCCACCUCACUCAACAACUUGCCCAAGUCACAGCUGAGAGGGACCAUCUGGCCGCCCAGGUGAACCAGCUUAUGGCUCUUUCGGCGCAGUUGAGAGACCAAAACUCGGUACUCAAAGCAGCAGCAGACGAGGGUGGAUUGCAGGCUAGGGUGGUAGAUCUGGAACAUCAGGCCUCUAAGGCGGCCACCGACCAAGAGGAUCUGUUGGAGCUCCUGGCUGACCAAGAAGCAAAGCUGUCGAAGUACCGAAACAGACUGAAGGAGCUUGGGGAGAAGGUGGACCAAGUUAAUUUUUCUCUUUUGUGUCAGACGUUUCAUUUCAUCACUAACCUGAAUUUUCAGAUUUCAGUUUGAUGGAAUUUUAAUUGAUGCACGGUAUAAUUUAUUUUGAGUAAAAAGAGAAAGAAAAUUAGUUUAGUCAUUUUUGUUUCCAUUUUUUGCAAUUGUUUUUUUUUUUUUAAGUUUUGUCACUAACAUUUUCUGCCCUCUGCUUUUAGUUAUUUUUAAGUUUAAAUAUAUGUGUAAUUCUUUGAUUGGCCAUCUUUUUUUACAU